CUCCACUUAGUUUAUCUGAAAGCGGACAGCAGUGGAGAGGUCGUGUAGCACAGCUGGUAGUGCAACGAGUGAAGCCUCCUCCAAAAUGAGUUCUGGAAGUGGAGAAACUACAACAGUGAAGACAGGAGAGACUCCUGCUGCUCCUGAUUCAGCUCCAGCCAAACAGGGCUGGAAGUGUCCCCUGAGCGACGCUCACGUCCACCGGGAAGAUGUGAGGAAGGUGUGGAAAGAGUGCCAAGAGGAAAGCUUCUGGUACAGAGCUCUCCCCCUGUCUGUGGGCAGCAUGGCUGUCACUGGUGGUCUCAUCUACAAUGGUGUUUGGAAAUCAUCAGCAAGGUUUGGCCCUUUUCCAAAACUAGCAGUUGCGGGGCUCCUCGGGUUUGCUGUGGGAAAGGCUUCGUAUAUUGGAACUUGUCGAAGCAAGUUCCAGGAGCUCGGUAUUAAAGACGGCCCGGGAUCUGGGCCCUGGUCCAGAAAAGGCCCGUGUGGUCCAGGACACAGGCACUGCCAUCAUGAGUGUGAAGAAUGCAAGAAAAAACCUCAAGCUGCACCAGCAGAGCUAGCUUAAAGCUAAAGGUACACCGAGCUAAUCUCAACAGUUCUACAAAAAUGAGACCCCAGCAUCACCACGGAAGGAAGCAGCUGCCUUUAUUUACCUGUUGCAGGAUGUCUGGAUGUCAAGUGUGAAUGUACUCCGUGGAAGCUUUCUAGUGUCCUGAUGUUGUGUGUGUGUGUGUGUGUGUGUGUGUGUGUGCGUGCGUGCGUGUGGUUGUUUGUGUGUGUAUGUGUGUGUCUGUGCGCGCGCGCGCGCGCGCGUGUUUUGUUUUGUUUUGUUUCUUCUCCAUAAAAUCCACUAGAGGGCGCAAGAAGACUUUCGGUCAUUCUGUAGAAACGCAAAUGUUUUUUUUUUUUAAUCUGAGUAAAUGCGACCUUGUAAACAAGAGUGCAAAGUCUCUUUUGUAGGUUUAAUUAUUAUCAACAUCCAAACAAACAGGAAACUUCCUAUGAUAUAAUCUGAGUUGGUAACAUGUGCUCCCCAACGUUGCUGCUGAGCAAAUGAUAAAAACUUUGCCAUUUUCAU